AUGAUCAUCACAUUUCGCAAUGCCGCGCUCUCACUCUCCAACAUCCUUCUCAUUGCGGCUCUCGUGAUUUUCGCAAGAGGUUUCUUUCCUCACAAAGCAUUCCUACCGGGACUGGCAACAUGGCCCGCGACGUCUGGAGCUGGGGCUGGGGCUGGGGCUCAGGCAGCCCCUUUUGACCGCGUCAUCUUUAUGGUUGUCGACGCUCUGCGCAGCGACUUCGUCUACGGAAAUGCUUCGAGUUUUGCCUUUACCCAGGGCCUCAUCAGAUCUGGCGCCGCCGUCCCCUUCACCGGCCAUGCCAGUCCACCGACCAUCACCAUGCCGCGCGUCAAGGCCAUCACAACCGGUUCGGUGCCCAGUUUCGUGGACCUCAUCCUCAAUUUUGCCGAGUCAGACACGACGUCGACCCUCAGGGACCAAGACACGUGGCUGGCCCAGUUGCGGGCAAAAGGCAACAGCCUCGUCAUGUACGGGGACGACACUUGGCUGCGCUUGUUUCCCGACUUCUUCUCCCGAGCCGACGGCACGACGAGUUUCUUCGUGUCCGACUUCACCGAAGUCGACAACAACGUCACGAGGCAUAUUCCUUCUGAGCUAGAGAACCAAGACUGGUCCGCAAUGACGCUCCAUUUCCUGGGCCUGGACCAUAUCGGGCACAAGACUGGGCCCAAAGGGCCUAAAAUGCCGGCAAAGCAGACAGAGAUGGACGGUAUCGUUCGGGACAUAUACGCAAAGUUGGAAAGCUAUGACCAUCUCAAGUCAUGUUUGUUGGUCUUGCUUGGUGACCACGGCAUGAACGAGGGCGGGAAUCACGGGGCGUCCUCCCAAGGAGAGGUUUCUACCGCUCUCACAUUCAUCUCCCCAAAGUUCAAGUCGGCGUUCGAAGGACAAUCUUGCCCCGUCGACGAUGCAGUCGACUAUCAAUACUACGACACCGUUGAGCAAUCCGACAUCGUGCCCACCCUGGCCGCUCUACUGGGAUUCCCCAUCCCACUCAAUAACCUCGGGGUCAUCAUACCGCGAUUGUUGGAGCUCUGGACCCAUCAUCAAGAUCAGUAUGCUUUACUCUACAGCAACGCCGAGCAGAUUCUGCGGAUCGCCCAGGCGACGUUUCCGAAAGAGUUCGGUCAGGUUUCAACACCGACUGAAUGCUCGAUAACCGAUGGAGACGACGCCCAAGUCCUCGCCUGUCUGUGGCAGCACGUCUCGGCUGAGCACGAUGCUGUAACGUCGGACCAAUCCUCUGCACUUCCGCCGACAACGCAUCUCAAGUCAUUUCUGUACAGAGCGCAAAGCCUCCUCAGUGGCACGGCCAGCAAUUACGAUCUCGCGAGCAUGCGGACAGGUAUCGGCCUCGGCGUGCUAGCGUUGGCACUCUGCACGCCCAGCUUCGCACGGGGAGUUUUCUCAGCAGGGGUGGACGGGUUGAUACUUCUCGUCAUAAUGCUCAGCUUUGCCAUUACCAUGUUCGCCAGCAGCUACGUCGAAGAGGAGCAUCAGUUUUGGUACUGGACCCUUGCGGGCUACCUGGUCGUGUUACAUUGUAGGGACAGCCGGUUCAAAAUGACCGACACUGCUCGCUCUGUCGUGAAAGGCCCGACAGCCACUGCCCUCGCAUACCUGCUGUUCGGCGUGGCGCGGCGCUGGAGACAGACUGGCCAGAAAUACGCCGGCGAGGCCGACAUACUGGGCGAAGUCAUUACGCCCAACUCAUGGGUGCUCUGGAUGCUGGUCAUGCUCGCCUAUGCAGUCCCGUCACGUAAUCUCAGCCGCAGAGCAGGCGUCUGGAUGGGUUCGCCGCAGAUGGGCAUCCUGCCGGCGCUGGUCUCCAUCUCGGCAUUCCUCUUCAAGGUCGCCUUCACCGCCGCGGACGCGCCCGAGCUACUCGCCUCAUUCCCCAUCCUCGAUCCGCUCGUUGGCUUUGUUUCGGCGUACCCGCUCGUCAGCAUGGCGCGGGUCGUCUUCCUCGGCCUGGCCCACGUGCUCGGCUGCUCGAUCUACUACGAAGCGCCGUGGCAGAGCGCCGAGCAUCUGCGCCGUUUCCUGCCGGUCCUGCAAGACGUCCUGACCCUGUUUCUCAUCACGCAGACCCGCACCGUCUACGUCCCGCUGUUCUUGUUCUUCACCCUGCAACUCGCCCUCCUCCGACGCGGCAGACAGCGGUCGGUCGGCGAAAUCACCAUCCUGGCCCUCCUGUUCCAGUACGCCUCCUUCUUCACGUUUGGGAGCACAAACUCCAUCGCCACCAUCGACCUCUCCAACGCGUACAACGGCGUGAGCGGCUACAACGUCGCAGCCGUGGGCAUCCUCACCUUUGUGAGCAACUGGGCCGGUCCGAUAUGGUGGUCCUUUGCCAUCCUCCAAUUAUCCAGCCCUCACCAGCUUCAGAGUGGCGAUGACGGUGCAUCUUCCUUGCUCUUCGCGGCGCUGGCGACGUUUUCCUGCGUCCACGCCUUGUCCGUCAUGGUGGCGUGCACGGUCCUCCGCGAACACCUCUUCAUCUGGACCGUCUUCUCCCCAAAGUACCUCUACACCGCCGCCUGGGUGGUGGGCCAGCACACCGUCGUCAACGCGUUAUGUGUCGGGACGCUGCUUUGGCGAAGUCGUGGAUAG